CACACAUCAAAAUGCUCGCCACAGUUCACAAACAGCUCAGGAACCACACAGCUCUGAUCCCCCUUUUCAUCCCCAUCGGUGGAGGAGCAAAUAUGUCCAUGUUGUACCUGGCUCGUCUGGGCUUGAGAAACCUAGAUGUCUGCUGGGAUCGCAAGAACAACCCUGAGCCCUGGAACAAACUUGGCCCAACUGACCAGUACAAGUUCUACACAGUGAAUUACAGCAAGCUGAAGAAGGAUUGUCCUGAUUUCUGA